CCAACCAACUUGACGGUAUGGGAGUGGGCUUUUGAAGAUGACAAGUACUCGCCGUUAUACAACUACCCGCCCGGGGAGAUAGCUGGCUUUACCAACGCCGUCACUCAGGAGCGGCUGGACUUUUUCCAAGUCAAGGAGUAUUCGACUCACCUAUGCACUGCCUUGGUCAAGGUAUAUGGCUUGCAAGAGACGGACACUGUGUCUUUGUUUAGCCAGAAUACCAUAUGGUACCCAGUAGCAAUGUUCGCCGUCCUCAGAGCAGGCGGAAGAGUCAAUGGUGCAUCUCCUGCGUACAAUGUCAACGAGAUGGCAAGUGCUCUCAAGACAGCGCAAUCCAAAUACAUCAUGACAGUACCCAGUUCUAUCGAGGUUGCCUGUGACGCUGCCAAUGAAGCCGGAAUACCCCAGGAGCAUAUCUUCUUGUUAGAAGGAGAGCUUGAGGGGUAUACGACCAUGAAACAGCUGUUAGAGAUCGGCAAGAGCUAUGGCAAAGACGGACAAAAUCCCGCCUAUCGCAUCCCAAAUGGAUCAACGAAUAAUGUUUGUGGUUUUCUGAAUUUUAGCAGCGGAACCACUGGUCUACCGAAAGCUGUGAUGCUAUCUCACAAGAAUGUCAUCGCCCAGUGUCAUCAGUUGAAGGGUGUAUCAGGACCUGGCAAGAAGAGGUACUUGGCCAGCCUGCCUUUGUUUCACAUCAGCGGACUAGUCCGAUUUCUCAACUGGCCCUUAGCUAGCAACAGCGAAUGCAUCAUGCUUCCACAAUUCACCAUCAAAACUUUCCUCGAUGCCAUCGUCAAGUACCAGAUUACGGACCUCACACUUGUGCCAACAAUUGUAAUACGACUUGUACGCGACCCUAUCGUUGAGAAGUACGAUCUGUCCUGCGUACAGCUCAUUGCGUGUGGUGCAGCUCCCCUGGCAUCAGAAGUCACCAAGUUGCUUGAGAAGAUGCUCCCCAAAGUAGGAUUUAGACAGAGCUACGGUAUGACGGAGUCAUGUUGUUGUCUCACAACUCACCCGCCCGAGUUCUACAGCUACAAAUAUGCCAAUAGUGGGGGGAUGCUUCUGGGCUCGACGGUGGUAAAGAUCAUUGAUGUCGAUACUGGUAAGGAGCUAGGGCCGGGUGGAACAGGAGAGAUCCUAGCCAAGGGCCCCCAGAUUGCCAUGGGAUAUCUCGCGAACCCAAAAGAAACAACCGAGGCAUUUGGCACGGACGGAUUUCUGCGCACCGGGGAUGUUGGCAUGAUCGACGACCAGGGCUUCAUCCACAUCGUGGAUCGAAUCAAGGAGAUGAUCAAGGUCAAAGGGCAGCAGGUAGCCCCGGCUGAUCUGGAAAAUCUUCUACUGGGUCAUCCUCUUGUGAACGAUUGCGCGGUGCUGGGCAUACCCGACGAUUACAGUGCCGAGCGGCCCAAAGCAUAUGUCGUGCUGAGGCCCAAGGCGGGCAAACCCAGUGACGUCCUUGGGAGGGAAUUGAUGCAAUACGUGAAGGAAAACCGAGUGCGGUAUAAAUGGAUCAAGGAGAUUGAGUUUGUCACCGAGAUCCCCAAGAAUCCAAGUGGCAAAAUCCUCAGACGAGUGAUGUCCCGGGCUAUUUUAUAUACAUGUAUUCUAGGCACUGCAGUCCAUGGCAUCACGAACUUGACCCCGUUUACAAUAUUGUUCUUCAUUGCAGAUCGCAAUAUCCAAGGCGCUCAAGAAGUUGCCAAACAGCUAAAUAAAAACGGCCAAGUCGCCUGGGCAGUCCAGGUUGAUGUAGCGGACUGGGAGUCCCAGAAGAAAGGGUUUGAAGCUGCCGUCAAGGAAUUUAGCCGCAUAGAUUACGUCUUCCCCGUCGCUGGAAUUCCAGAGUCAUCCUGGCUUCCCAAUCGACCAAAUGCAACUACUUUUGAGAAGCCCAACCUCGCUGUUUUUGACGUCAACGGGACGGGAGCUCUCUACUCCUGCGCAUUGGCGAUCCAGCAAUUUCGCCGCCAGACGCCAAACAAGUAUGGUUAUCGUGGAAAGGUCGUGCCAGUUGCCUCUGGGUGCGGCUUCUACUAUAUUACAACCCUCCCGAUUUACACCGCCUCGAAGCAUGCCAUCGUCGGUUUCGUUCGUUCCUUCGGCAAGCACUUGCCGGAGGAGAAGAUUACGCUGAAUGCCAUCUGCCCCAAUAUCGUCAAGACCAGCAUCUCGACAGGGGAUUUCUAUGAUCGAGCCGGCGAAAAAGGCCUUCUCAUUACUGAGGACUCUCUAUUAGCGGCCUUUGAGUCUCUAUUGGGUGCAAGCGAUAUCUCUGGUGAAGCCAUCGAGGUUCUCCCAGGCGAUGGCGGGUGGAGGAUUAAGGAGAUUCCCGAGUACACCAACGAAAAGUGCAGGAUGAGUGUUGAAAUGACGCGGGACCGGUCGCACAGAUCGCAUAAAUUCCACGAGCCUGUCGCGGAGUGA